CUCAGACACACACACACACACACACACACUCUACAGUAACAUCUGACUGCAGUAUCUCUGGAUUUACAAUAUUUCUACUAAUAGCAGUACUAACAGUAACACCACUGAUAAUCAGGAUGGCGGAUUGGUGGAGUUUCUCGGCUGAGACGUGGGCUCUGAUCGUGAUUCUCAUCAGCCUCGUCCUGCUGUAUGGGUACUGGCCGUACGGUUUCUUUAAGCGGUUGGGAGUUUCUGGUCCUAAACCGGUACCAUUUUUCGGAACCAUGUUACAAUAUCGGAAGGGAAUCCAUAAUUUUGAUAUGGACUGUUUCCAGAAGUACGGCAAGAUUUGGGGUAUAUACGACGCGAGACAGCCGGUCCUCUGCGUCAUGGACACAGAGAUCAUCAAAACCGUCCUGAUUAAAGAGUGUUACUCUCUCUUCACCAACCGCAGGAAUUUCCGUCUAAACGGUCCUCUGUACGACGCCGUGUCCAUCGUCGAGGACGAAGACUGGAGGAGAAUCAGGAGUGUCCUCUCUCCAUCGUUCACCAGCGGCAGACUGAAGGAGAUGUUUGGAAUCAUGAAGUCACAUUCUCGCUCUUUGGUUGAAAAUCUGCAGAAGACGUCGAAGCGAGGAGAAUCAGCAGAUAUUAAAGAGUUUUUCGGAGCGUACAGUAUGGAUGUGGUGACGAGCACAGCGUUUAGUGUCGAUAUCGACUCCCUGAACAACCCCAAAGAUCCGUUCGUAUCCAACAUCAAGAAGAUGCUGAAGUUUGACUUCCUCAACCCUCUGUUCGUCGCUGUUGCUCUGUUCCCCUUUAUCGCACCGCUGUUGGAGAAAAUGGAUUUUGCCUUUUUCCCGACCGCAGUGACUGAUUUCUUUUAUGCCUCCCUGCAAAAGAUCAAGUCUGAACGUGUGGCCAAAGAUCAUAAGAAACGAGUGGACUUCAUGCAGCUGAUGAUCGAUUCUCAGAAAUCAGAAAAAGACGAUCUGAAUGGCAAAGAGACAAACAAAGGUCUGAAUGAUCAUGAGAUCCUGUCCCAGUCCAUGAUGUUCAUCUUUGCUGGUUAUGAGACGAGCAGCAGCACGCUGUCGUUUCUCUUUUACAACCUGGCCAGUAAUCCAGAGACAAUGAAGAAACUACAGGAAGAAAUUGAUGCAACUUUCCCUAAUAAGGCUGAAGUUGAUUAUGACGCGGUGAUGAACAUGGAUUAUCUGGACGCUGCUCUGAACGAGUCGCUCAGGUUGUACCCGAUCGCUAUUCGUCUGGAAAGAGUCUGCAAAAAAACUGUUGAGAUAAACGGCCUUACCAUCCCAAAGGACACCGUCGUCUUGAUCCCCACUUACGCCCUACACAGGGACACUGAAUACUGGACCGAUCCAGAGACCUUCAACCCUGAGAGGUUCACUCAGGAGAAUAAGGAGAGCAUCGACCCGUAUACGUACAUGCCGUUUGGUUUAGGACCCAGAAACUGCAUCGGGAUGAGGUUUGCCAUUGUGGCCAUGAAGCUGGCUGUUGUUGAGAUACUGCAGAGAUUCGACAUCAGUCUUUCUGAGGAAAUGAAGGUUCCUCUGAAGCUGAACAACAGCGGCCUUCUGGCUCCUGAGCAGCCCAUCAAACUGAUAUUCACACCUCGGAAAAUGUCAAAUUCCUGCAACAACAACCACAUUAACUCAUAGACCUGUAAAGCUUCUGCUACCUUUUACGGCAUUUCUGAUUUUUAAAGGUUUUACAGUCAAGCUGUAUUGGAGAUUGAAAUGCCUGAUAGAUGUGUAAUGAUAUGAAAAAUUCCCUGUUUAGACACUAGUGCCGGUGAAGUGCACUUGUUCGUGCUGAACCACAUCUUUUUGUCAUUUUCACAUCUUAAUAAAGACAUUUAAAAAUCA